CUACGCCAAGGAGAAGAAAACUUGGCGAUGGAUUAAGGAGCUUCAUCCCUUUUGGCAACCCUAGCUGCUGCUGCUUUGGAAGUCCAGUUUUCUGUGGAGAAGAUGCAGCAUCGGCGACUUAAGGGUGAUAAAAAAAUCAUCUCCCUUACUCAUCCUCCUUAACUCUGCAUCUUCCUUAUCUCACGUUCAGCCUUUAUUCUUUGAAGAUUUUAAUCAUUAUCCUUUUAUCUUUGUGCUCUUAAAACAGCUGAUUUCAUCACAGUGUUUUUGUUGCUCAGUGUUGAUUUUUCAAAUCUUAAAUACCGGAAUUCGGAAAAAAAAGAUAAUAUAAAAACCAUGAUUUUCAGUUGAAGAAGAUAAAGUUAUUCCCAUAUAUAGUAAAAUGGGUACAUUGUGGUUCUGAAAAUAGAUUUUGUUUCUUUUUUAAGCCCUUGGAAUAUACAGGUGGCUAUAUCCUUCUAGAGCAAUGUGGUCAUUUCAUUUCCGGCAAAUGACGUAAUGGUGUGGUCAUUGAUGACUAGGUCAAAAGGGCGUUUGAUUGGCGUCCUUUGGAUGAUGGCCCUAGUCUUCAUGACUGCGGAAGGUUGCCUACACUGCAAACAAAAACCGCCAAAACUUCACAUUCUGGCUCCAAGUUCUAGAACAGACUACUCCCUAGUGAUGGAUGAGAGUGAAGAAUCUUUUCUGGAGAAGUUAUUGGACAGCAUUGAAGCUGCAAACGUUUAUGGUGCUGGAGACUGUUCGAGUGUUCCUUACCAGGAUGUCGCUGUUACUCUGCCCCUUCAUCUGUUCGAUUCGCUUGUCCAAAAAGUAGAUCUUGUAUCCAGAGUUCUCGAAAGCUAUUCCUCGCAUCAUGAUCAAAAAAUGCUGCAAACAGUCAUCGAGGAAACAGUGCAAUCAGAAGACUACACACCAUCUGGAAGACUACUCUGGCUAGGCAAUGGAACUCUCCGGCAACCGGAUUUUUACGUCACGGUUAAAAACAACGUCGAGAAGAAGUCAACUCUUCUGACGAAACUUCACAAUUUCGUGCUGAGGGACGAUUUAGAGUGGAGAAUUUCAGCAAUGGACCAUCCAGAUAGUGUGAACAGUAGUAGUAGAUCUAAUUGGACUAAUCCUUAUUAUCAGUGUGAGAGUAAGAAGUGGUUGAUAUCAUACACUAAAAUGGUAGUUGGAGAUAUGAAUGAGAAACUACAGUACGGUGAUAGUGUGUCUUUACUCCCGGAUUCAGUUGGAGCCGAGGUUCUUAUAAGUGCCAGUGCAGGGACGGGUUCUUCUCUGCGACCAAGAAACCUAUUUUCAACGGAUCCCUUGUUGAAUCAGCAUACAGAGAUAAAAUAACUCUCCACAGUCCCACCUAUGACAUGUUGUAUAUAUGUAAGCGUUGCCAACCUGGUUGUGAUGUUUGUGAAGAUGAUAAACCUUGUUUAGCUAAUUACAAUUGGGCAUUCCGAAUCUCUCUAUUAACAAUUUCUGUGAUCUGCAUCUGCUUGACUUCUCUCCUCGGAAUCUAUGUAUACCGUUACAGAAAACUCAAAGUAAUAAAUGUAGCAAGUCCCAUAUUCCUCUGCAUCACCCUACUAGGCUGCGUCAUCAUGUACUGCGAGAUGGCAGCUAUAUUUCCGGUUUUAUCAAUGUCAAGUUGUAUUGCAACCAAGUGGACAAGGCACAUGGGCUUUUGUUUAACAUACAGCGCCCUCCUUCUAAAGACAUGGAGGGUUUCUCUAACGUAUCGAGUAAAAUCAGCGCAUAAGCUGAAGCUCACAGAUAAGCAACUGUUGCAAUGGCUGUUCCCUAUUCUGUUAGUGAUGGCCAUAUACCUAGGCACUUGGACAAUAUCCUCGCCUCCUGCUGCUGUCUACAUCAAGGAUUGGGACCACAUGAAAUUCAAACAGUGUGAUUAUAAUUGGUGGGACCACAGUUUGGCCAUAGGUGAAUUUUUGUUUCUGUUAUGGGGUGUGAAGGUUUGCUACAACGUACGCAAUGCAGAGUCUGUUUUCAACGAAGCUAAACACAUAAGUUGGGCUGUACACAGUAUUACAAUCGUCAACAUUAUUAUGGUUAUGAUACACCUAGUCAUACUUCCACAAGCAGGACCUGAUGUUAAAUACCUUUUUGGGUUCAUCAGGACGCAACUCAGCACUACGGUCACCGUUAUUCUCAUCUUUGGACCCAAGUUUUAUCGGGUCAUUAAAGGACAGGGUGAUGUGUGGGACAAUAGAGCUCGAGCUCGUGGUGUCACAGCGUCCUUUUCACUAAAUGGUGUGGGACCAGUAAAUGAAGAACCACCUGACCUAUAUCAAGAAAACGAAGAGCUCAAAGAGGAAGUUCAAAAGCUUGCCUCACAAAUAGAAUUCAUGAAAAUUGUCCACAUGGAAGUGAACAAUCGUCAUUUAAAACCAAAACAUGGCGGCUUUUUCAGCCAAUCUACUAGCAAUCAGAGUCCAGUUAUCAAAAAUAUUUACAUGAAAUUCGAAAGUACGGACUCACCGGGCUCUAGAAUUUCACCUGCCGCUGAACUUGUCAGUGAAAAAGUGUGAAAGCUAUUAUGAAACUCAGCUUUCGAGGAAAAUUUUAUAAGUGGAACCGCACAGCUGUUGCCACUCAGAGGAAGAAAAUCCUCCUAAAAUAUUUGAAAAAAGCUUCCGAGUUCGUCCGGGUAAAAACGUAGACGAAAUCGAAAUUGAUGUACGAAUUAAAGAUGGAGUAGUUCUAUUUCUUAAUAUUAAGAAAUAUCACGUUUUGUCUAGCAAAUUAAAAAAAAAAGAUUGCUCUUAAUCUUUGUAAAAUAUCAUUUUUACGAAUUUCCAUCUUCACAAUUCAGAUGUCUUAAAAGAGUUUACAUCUGUACCAUCUUAACGUAUUUUAUAGCAAAUAUUUCUUUUACAUGGAUAUGUCAUACACGUCAAACUUUUAGUUGAUUUAUCUUAAUGAAUGAUGAUGAUUCACUCAUUUUAUUCACCGUUUUAAUACUUAUAUCAGAAUUCAAAUAUAGUUGAAAAUAUUUUGAUGUUUCAUUGAAUAAGGUGGAGGUCCAUGGACAAUAAUUUUAAAAUGAUCGCUCAUAUUUAAUUGAAAUAACAAAAAAAAAAUCCUAUGUUUUACUAGCAAGGGAUCCUUCUAACGUGCCACUUCAUUAUCCAUCUUCAGCGUUAAUUGUUCUGUGUACUUAAUUUUAAGAAAUUAACACGGAGGGAAACACGGAGAUGCGGAAGAAAUUAAACAAAGUUACUACAAAGGGAAAAAAAAGAAUAUUUAAGAAGUUGGAGGAGUAAGAUCGAAAGCGUUUUCUUUUUAAACUCUGUUACGUAAUCUUCUUCGUGAAUCAUGUUGUGUGACCCUUUUUUUUUCUUCCUUUUUCUACACUCUCGGAAAUGAAACUUUCAAUUUUGACGUUUCAGCAAUUCUUGAGCUAUAUUUCGCUAAUUAUGAGCAUUAUUUCGCCAAGGAAUCACGCGAGUUGUGACAAAAUGUUUUCUCAUCUCGAAGCCUCAUCGCUAUCUCCCCACUUGAAAUCAAAAAUAAUUCUUAAUUUGACUAAACUAGAAGGACGAAAUAUUCCUUGCUGUUCACGAAAUUCUUUUUCUCGCAGAAGUAUCGAUAGUUAUUUCGUCACUUUGACGAAAUAUUCGCUCAGAGCAUAUACCAGGAAAUGGUUUCGUCAAAAACCAGGAACGUUUCCUGAAACUGGAGUGAAAUUUUUACAGUGUAAGAAAUAAGUUUUUAUUAGGCAUGUUUUUCAAACAUUUUUUUCAUAAAAACAAUCGUAUGUUCUUUUUUUAUGUUCCUUCAUUUGGUGCUAUCAUUUUUUCACAUAUUCGCAUGAUUUUUUAAGUUAUUCUUACUAAAAAUAUUUUCCUUGAAUAAUUUGUAAUAAAUCACCGUGUUAAUUUUGAAAUCAAUUCUAAUUUUAAAUAGAAAAAUCAUGUUUUGAAUUCCUUUUUAAAGAAUAUAAAUAAUAAAUGGCGUUAAUUUUUUGCCGAAUGUAACAGAGUUAAAAAGAAAAUAAACGUUUUCGAUCUUAAUCCACCAACUUCCUAAAUAUUCUUUUUUUCCUUUGUAGUAACUUUGUUUAAUUUCUUCUGCAUCUCCGUGUUUCUCUCUUUCUUUUAGUGUUUCAAUGCUGAAAAAGCUGCUUCAUUAUAUGACUGCCAAAAUGUUCAUGUGUCUAUUUAUAUGGCGUUAUUUGCCUACUUUUCUCAUUGUCUUAACGUAAGUAAUUAAAUAAGAUGAUCCAUAUUUAUACAUUCAGAAUCAAUUUUUUUAAGUUUUCGCAAGCUUUUGACAUCGCGAAUUGUAAAACACAGCAAAGCAAUAUUAUUAACAAAUAUUUCUGGUGCGGUUGCUGUAUAAACUUUUACAUUUUCAUGCUUUUAGAUCAAUACAAUCUUUUUUGUAAUUGAUAAAAACAAAAUUCUGACCAUCAGUUCAUCCUCAGCAGUUUACAAAAAUUGAUUUUAAUAUAUUUCAAACUGGCGACUAAAAAAAAUUCUGGACAUCCGCCUUAUUUAGAUAACUAACAUAGCAUAAAGGUACUAUUGUAAAAUGAAAGAGCUAUUUGUUGCAAUAAACUGCUAACAAAGACCAAAACUUAAUAACUCAAAUCAGUUCACUCUAAAAAGUCAUAAAUUAUUAUUUUGUCUCACAUUUUGGGAACAAUAGAAUACUUACUAUCUUUGUCUGAUGUUAAAUUUAGGUGUUCUCUACUAAUGUUAAGCAUAUUAAGGGAAAAACUACUUUAAUAGAACCUUUGUGAACAACAGCCUUAUUAGAAAGAAUUUUGGAAUAGAGUCACAUGAUCAUGAUAUGGGUCAACUAUUCUAGCCCUAAUGUGUAUUGUACAGUGUACUCUAUAAGUUAUCCAGAAUUUAUUGUAUGAUAUUGAAUUUGUAAAUCUUGCAACAGCAAAAUGAAAAUUUUACUUCAAAUUAA